UUACAAACAAGGAGUUGUUGCUGCAGCGAGUAUUGAAUUAUAAAAUUUUGUUAAUAACAAUUACGAUAUGGAUAAGUACGACGUUAUAGGAUUAUUGGGCGAAGGUUCGUUCGGGCGUGUGUAUAAGGCGAAGCAGCAUUCGGAUGGGAAUUUUGUUGCUUUGAAAGUGAUCAGCAAGAGAGGAAGAUCCGCAAAGGAGCUGAAGGGAUUGAGGAAGGAGUGCGAGAUCCAGAGGUACUUGCAUCAUCCUAAUAUCAUACAGAUGUUGGAUAGUUUUGAGACGGAGAAUGAGAUUGUCGUGAUCACUGAAUUUGCACAGAGGGAGCUGAAUUAUAUAUUAGGAAAGGAGGGUUAUUUGUCUGAGGAGAGGGUGCAGGCCAUUGUCUGGGAUCUGAUUUCCGCUCUGUAUUAUUUGCAUUCGCAUAGAGUUUUGCACAGGGAUUUGAAGCCGCAGAACAUUUUGCUGGAUGGUAAUAGUGUGGCGAAGCUGUGCGAUUUUGGGUUUGCCAGGAAUAUGAGCACAGGCACUCACGUUUUGACUUCUAUCAAAGGUACACCUUUGUAUAUGGCGCCUGAGCUGAUAGAGGAGCAGCCCUACGACCACAACGCCGAUUUGUGGUCUUUAGGAUGCAUCAUUUAUGAGUUGCUGGUAGGGGCUCCGCCCUUCUGCACCUCCUCCAUCCUCAAUUUGAUCCGACUGAUAAGGCACGAGCAGAUAAAGUGGCCCACAUGGAUCUCAGAGAAUUGCAUCUCGUUUCUCAAGGGACUUCUACAGAAGAAUCCGGAGAAGAGACUGACCUGGCCGGAAAUUUUGAAUCAUCCGUUCGUGAAAGGACACGUUUUGAUCACUGAAGACACGCCGACGAUGCCGCUCACGAGGACGCUGUCGGAGAACACGCUGCAACGCAAAGAGCAGCAGAGGAACGAACUGAAGUCGGGCAGCAAGAAGCCGGAGUCGAACAACUCGAGAACGUCGCAGAACUCGAGGACGUCGACGAUCAAAUUGGUGGAGGAGGAGGAAGAGACUGCGUCGACGGAGAAGAAGAAAUCUGUGGAAAUGCAGGCGAAGGCGAGGUGCGACAUCAAAUUGGAUUUCCACGAGGACAGUCAACCGAUCGAGAGCGAGGAAUGGGUCGUCUUCCUGCAGAAAACCAUAGAGGAAAUCAUGAACAAGGAAGUCGGAUGUUUGCUUCAAUCGGGAAGCACCAACAUACUGGUGAAUCCUUUGAGGAACGUGAACGCUAGUCCGAGAGUUUUGGGUUUCGUCGCGAAUCUCUUUGCAUUGCCUUUGAUCGUGGACAUCGACGUCGAGCAGCUGGAGCAGAUCAAGAAGGUCUAUUUGGAGGUGAAACUCGUCCCCAAUUUGGUGUACGCGACGAAACUUCUGACUACGAGGUUCAGUUCUUCCAGUCGCAGCUCUUCGUUGAGCACGAGGAAAUCUCCUGAAGAUUUGACGUACGAGGAUCUGCACGCUCUGGAACAGAUAUUCUUGCUCAUUUGCCACCUCGUCUACCUGGACAACCAAUUCCUGGUGCAGUUCAGCGAUUCUUUAGCCGUCCUCAACGUCUCGACUCUCUUCCAACAGUUUCUCUCUUUGGUGAAAAGGAAAGUGAAGAUCGUAACGGAUCUCAUCUCGAUACUGACGCAGGUGCUUCGGAAGAGCCCCGAGAAUCACGAGGUCGUCUCCAGAGUCGUAAUGGACUUGGACUUUGUCUCUUUGCUCAGAAACAACGAUGCUCUCCUUCGAGAACGCACCUGUUAUCUGCUGCUAUUCUUAGGCAAAAGUUGCAUGAAGAUCGUCAAAGGCUUUUGGACGAUUUCCUGCAGGGAAACCUUGGAAGCUUUGAUGUACGAUUCCAUCGAGAACGUUCGAAAUGCUGCUGAAUUGGCCGUGGAAGAAUUGAAAGACUGUGAUUUCUACAAAAGUUCCGACAACACGGAGAAGGAAUGAUUGAUAUUUAUUUAUAUUGUUAAAGAUAUUGUGAUCAUAGAUGGAGCCCGUUUGAAACCAGAAAAAGAAGACAGUCAAAGUUGUCUUUAAAAAUCAUUAAUUUUCUCAAUAACUAUAGACGACACAAUUAUAAAUGAGCACUCUAAUUAAAGCUAAAUGUUUGGGGUUUCCAACGUACUAAUUGUCAUUUUUUUGUAGUUAGUACAGUAAUUCACAGUCAACGUUGAAAAAAACUUUACACGACAUUCUAAUGAGUU